AUGGGAAUGAUCAGAAAAAUUAAUUUCGAAGAAUUAUUCAUUACAAUAAAUGAUUAUAUUCAACCACAUGCAAAUCUUCAAUAUCUACGAAUUACACUUGAUGAUCCAAUAAAUAAUUUAGAAAAAUUAAUCAAAUAUACAUCGAAUCUUUUUCGAUUAUAUCUUUGUGGAAAUCUCAUAUCUGAUGAUAUUCUGAAUGAUUUUAAAACAAUGGCUCAAUAUCUUUCAGUUUUUACACCACAUCUUCAACAAAUUCAAUAUUUUGAUGGUGGAUUCGGAAAUCAUUGUUAUGCAACUGAUUUAGACAUUUAUCCACAUGAUAAUAAAUAUCAAAUUUUUCCUCGACCAACUAAUUCCACAUCUUCAUAUAACCGAUAUUAUGAUUAC